UCAGCCCCCCCCGGUCGGGUUUCAGCCAAACAGGAGGAGCGGCGAGGGGAGCGGGUGGAUUUGCUCUGGAAAAUGGACUUCACAGAGGCAUACUCUGAUACCUGUUCAGCGGUUGGACUUGCUGCAAGGAAGGGAAAUGUAGAACUAUUGAAAGCAUUGAUCAAAAAAGGUCAUAGCCUUGACAUUGCAGACAACCGUGGUUGGUAUCCAAUCCAUGAAGCCGCAUCACACAAAACAUUAAAAUGCUUGAGGCUUUUACUACAUACAGUUUCGGUGACAUCAGGUGUGGAAUUGAAGACUUUUGAAGGUGAAACAGCUCUUCAUCUUGCUGCUAAACAUGGUCAUUUAAAAAUCGUCCAGAUUCUGCUACAGGCUGGAGCAAAUCCGAAUGCCGUCACUAAUGAAAAUGUAACACCACUUUUUUUAGCAACAGAGAAGGGCCAUUUUGCUGUUGUAAGGACACUACUAAAGUAUGGAGCAAGGAUUAAUGGAUCUCAUUCUGCAUGCUUAUGGAGUGUUGUGCACCAGGCUGCUUAUCAGGGACACUUAGAAAUAUUGAAGUUCUUACUUGAAAAGGGGGCUGAUAAAGAAUCCAAGGAUGAUUAUGGAAUUACACCGUUGUUUCUUGCUGCGCAGUAUGGAAAGCUGGAAAGUUUAAGAAUCCUUGUACAACAUGGUAGUAAUGUUAAUUGCCAGGCUUAUGAUAAGGCCACACCAUUGUUCAUAGCAGCUCAGGAAGGCCAUGUGGAAUGUGUUGAACUGCUGCUGUUACAUGGGGCUGAUGCAAACCUUUAUUGCAAUGAAGAUGAUUGGCAGUUACCUAUUCAUGCUGCUGCCCAGAUGGGUAAAGUCAAGGUGCUGGAAUUCCUAAUACCGAUCACUGAUCGAAUAUGUGAUAAAGGGACAGGUAAAGUGAGUCCUGUCUAUUCAGCAGUGUAUGGAGGACAGCAAGAAUGCUUGAAAAUGUUGCUGCAAGCUGGCUACAGUCCUGAUGCCCAAGAGUGUCCAUUGUAUGAGUGCCUAUCGCCAUUGUGCAUGGCUUUCUCUCAGAGAUUUUUUGCAAUUAUUUACAUCCUCCUAAAAGCUGGAGCUGUUAUCACAGGUCUUCAUUAUUCUUAUUGUCUGCAAUAUCAGUGCUUCCAUUUGCUGCAGUUUCUUCUGGAACAAGGCUACUCAUUACCAUCAGGCAGUCAUUUAGCUGGCAUUGUAAAAUAUGGAUUAUUAUCAGAACAACAGUUUAAGCAGUGGUUACCUCACCUGUUACUGGCUGGAUUGAAUCCUGUGGAUUUGCUUAGUGAAGCUUGGCUAAAUACAGCCGGUGACAGUAUGCUUAACUUUACACUUGAGUUUACAAACUGGAAGAGGCUUCCUCUGGUUGUGGACCAGAUUCUUUUCUGUCGCGUCGCAAGCUCCACUUGGAUUGAACAGAAACAUUUUGAUGAUAUUCCUUCACUGACUCAUCUCAGUCGUUUAAAAAUUCGAUCAACACUGAAAAGUGAACACCUUCGUUCUGAUAAAUUUAUUCGUCAAUUACCACUCCCAUCUUGUCUGCAUGAUUUUCUUCUUUAUAAGGACGUAUUGAAAUUGUACGGCAUUCCUGAAGUUUCAGAGAAUCGAGAAGAAAUGGAAACAAUAAAUAGUUAUGUUGAAAAUUUGGAAAAUUGAUCAAAAAAACAUCGGAUGUGGAAGAAAAUAGAAUUUUGGGAUGCAGUAUAUGAAUAACAUGAGACAUCGUGAAUGGAAAUAUCAUUUGUAUUCAAGAAAAGUGGAGACUGGAUCCAAGAUUCUCAAAGCUCACCCCCUCCAGUGGAAUUUUCGUUCUGCUAUUUUUGUGUCCGUUGUAAAGCAAUUGAGAAAGAUGGAUUUGCUAUGAUUGUUCACCAGUGUUAUUAUUGUACCAUGUGACUAUCAGAAAGAUAAAGGAUUUUGCUCUUUUUUUCCCAUUUGUUAUUCCUCUGUUGCAUUUCAGAGGGAGGGGGGAAAUUAAUGAGUAGAAUAAUGUAAGAUUGCUUCGGAGAUAAAAAAAAAUUGCAGAAGUAUUUAAAGCCAAAAACAAAUUUUCUUUGGGAUAGCUAGAUUAUCCUUUUUAAAACAAUAUUACUUCCUCUUGGUUUACAAAAGUGUGGUGUAUUAAUAACACCAGGAGGGUGCAGGAGAGGUUACAGAAUAAGGACUAAGACAGAAAGAUCAGAAAGGGAUAAGAAUUUAACUUCAGGCAACAUGGAGACAAAUUUGAGAAGAAGGGUAGUGAAUACAGGACUGGUGUUAUAUCUCAAUGCACACAGAAUACAAAAUAAUGUAGGUGAGCUGAGAGCACAGUUAGACAUUGGCAAGUAUAAUGUUGUGGGCAUCACAGAGUCGUGGUUGAAAGAAGAUCACAGCUGGGAGCUAAAUAUCCAAGGAUACACAUCCUAUCGAAAAGACAGGCAGGUGGGCAAAGAGGGUGGGGUGGCUCUGUUGGUAAAAAAAAAUGAAAUCAAAUCCUUAGCAAGAAGUGACAUAGGAUCAGAAGAUGUAGAGUCCUUGUGAGUAGAAUUAAGAAACUGCAAGGGUAAAAUGACCCUGAGUUCAGGCCUCUGAAUAGUAGCCAGGAUGUGGGGUAGAAAUGACAACACGAGAUAGAAAAGGCAUGUAAAAAGGGCAAUGUUACAGUGGUCAUGGGGGAUUUCAAUAUGCAGGUAGAUUGAGAAAAUCAGGUUGGUGUUGCAUCCCAAAAGAAGGAAUUUGUAGAAAGCCUACAAGAUGGCUUUUUAGAGCAGCUUGUGGUCGAGCCCACUAGAGAAAAGGCAAUUCUGGAUUUAGUGUUGUGCAUUGAACCAGAUUAGAUUAGGGAGUUUAAGGUAAAGGAACCCUUAGGAGGCAGUGAUCAUAAUAUGAUAGAAUUCACCCUGCAGUUUGAGAGGGAGAAGCUAAAAUCAGAUGUAUCAGCAUUACAGUUGAGUAAAGGUAACUACAGAGGCAUGAGAGAGGAGCUGGCCAAA